AUGGGUCCCAGUGGCGUGGACAACUUUGCCUACUCCGUGGACGGUUCAGAAACCCAGAACAAACUCAGACAUUUUGCAGUGUCCGAGGAUGGCGUCACUCUGAGCGAGAAGAGCAACAAGAACAAGAUGUCUAGCGGGGUGAAGGCGCUGUUGUUUGUUCUGGUCCUUGCUCUUGUCGCUGUGGUGGUGCUGGCUGUGGUCAUCGUACAGAUCAGGGACGACAACAAAGACAGUAUUAAGGAGACAUCAGACAAGAAUAAAGGCGACAAGAUUGAUGAAGAGAAGCCACCAAAAACUAGAAUAUUGGAGGAACCGCCAGCAAGUGAUGAACUCCAAGCGGUGACGAGUGCCAGAAACUUAUACCAGUCUUGUCUUGACAUGGAAACAAUGAACAAUCGAGGUGACCAACACUUCAAGGAUUGGCUCAAGGCCAAUAUCGGAGACUCUCCUCUUAUCUCUACAUCUUGGAACGACGUCACGUUUGAUCUCACUGACGUCGUAAUUAACGCCACCGAACAAGGGUCUAGCCUCCUGGUGGGCAUCUAUCCAGAUGUCGAUGACAAAAACUCGAGUGUUCACGUAUUGAAGAUAGACCAACCUCGUUUGGGCAUGCCGGGUCAGAAGUACUACCUGGUCCCCCGAAAUGACACUAUGCUCAUGGCCUACCAGACAUUCAUCUACAGAGUGGCAGAGACCAUGGGGUUUGCAGAUCCCGUCACGGCUCAGCAAGAUGUGGAGGACAUUGUGGAUUUCGAAAUACAGCUGGCACAGGUGAUGAUAAAAAUCCGUUAUAGGCGGGACGCAGAAGCCCUAUACAACCCCAUGACCUUGUCAGAAGUCCAUGGAAACUACAGUACGGGAGAAUUCGACUUCAUGCGGUUCGUGACAUCGUUGCUGACAGCCCCAGAAAUAGGAAUUACAGACUUCACAGAAAAUGAAACCAUCAUCAACAUCUCGCCCUCUUACUUUCGUAACUUCUCGGAACUCAUCAGGAACACUCCGAAAAGAACGAUAGCUAACUACGCAUUCUGGCGAGUCACGAUGGGAUUCCUGAGUUCCUUAACACAAGAAUACAAAGACCAUAGGUUUGAAUACUACAAGGUUCUGUACGGUGUCAAGACAGAGGAGGCCCAGGAAAAAAUGUGCUCACGUUACACAAGAUAUCAAACCGGCUUCGUCCUCGGCAAAGUUUUUGUCGAGCGAUACUUUGAACCCGAAGCCAAAACUAUGGCCCUGGAAAUGAUAGAUGGUCUACAGUCUGCUUUUGAUGAACUAGUAAAUGAACUCUCUUGGAUGGACCCGGCCACGAAAAGACUUGCUCAGGAAAAGAACGAAAUCAUCAAGUCCAAGAUUGGUUACCCUGAAUUUGUGAAAAAUGACACCUAUAUAGAGGAGCUUUACUCAAACCUUACAUUUACAAGUGACCAGUACUUUGAAAACAACGUAAAAAUAGAUAAGGAGGGCUAUGGUAGUUGGAUGCGAGAACUAAGGAAGCCAGUGAACACAGACGAGUGGUUCAUGAGUCCCGCCACUGUUAACGCGUAUUACUACGCUGUCAACAACGAAAUCGAAAAAUGUCCUUUCUUUUCUGUUCUUGUUGAUGUAGGCCGUUAUAUUUAUUGGCAUCUAUAUUUUCUUGCAUUUACAGCGUUUCCAGCAGGAAUUCUGCAACCACCGCUUUUCAAUAAAGACUUUCCAAAGUCCCUCAACUUUGGAGGUAUUGGUACGGUGAUAGGACAUGAAAUAACUCAUGGCUUUGACGAUAGAGGUAGACAGUACGACAAGACCGGAAACUUGAAGCAGUGGUGGAGCGACUCCGUUAUCCAAAAUUUCAAAGACAAGGCACAGUGUAUUGUGGAUCAGUAUGGUGCUUACGUCAUGGAGGAGGCCGAUAUGAACCUCAACGGAAUCAACACACAGGGAGAAAACAUCGCAGACAACGGAGGACUCAAGCAGGCUUUUAGGUUUCCAUGCUGUAUUUUCCUCCUCAAGGCCUAUAGAAACUGGGUGAACGCAAGAGGAAAAGAGGAACCGACCUUACCAGGACUACCUUACUCAAACGAUCAGCUGUUUUUCAUAAAUCAGGCACAGGUGUGGUGUAACCUGGAAAGAAGAGAGUCUGUUAUACAAGCUAUCAGAUCCGGUGUCCAUAGUCUAGGGCCGUAUAGAGUGAUUGGUCCAAACCAGAAUUCCGAGGACUUCUCCCGAGUGUUCAGUUGUCCCAAAACGUCAUUCAUGAACGCGGAAAAGAAGUGCCAAGUGUGGUAG